AUGUUCCAGCUGUCUGUGAUAUCGGAUCUGAUACGGAUCUCGCCGCACAUUUUCAACCUGCCUACUGACGAAGCUGUGCUUAACGAACUAAACGAGAAAUACGCUAACAAAGUCAUUCACAACCUGGGGUUGGUGGUGACGAUAUGGGAUAUUUCGAAGAUCGAGGAUGGAAUGCUGAAACCGGGCGAUGGGUGCACUUACAUCAAGGUUGUUUUCCGGUGCGUUGUCUGGAAGCCUUUUGUAGGAGAGGUUCUUACUGGGUGGAUAGAUCAAGCAUCUGAACAGGGACUCAAGGUAAAAUUGGAGUUUUUUAACGAUAUAUUUAUACCUGGUGACUAUUUAUUUGAGGGCUCAGUGUUUUCGAAAGAAGACAACGCUUGGAUUUGGCAGCCUGAUGAGAGCACCAAGCUCUACUUAGACGUUAACGAGAAGAUCAACUUCAGAGUGGAGGAAGAGAUGUUCACCAACGUGAAACCAAAGGGUCCUACCAAUACGGUCGUUGACGAUGAAACUGGAGAAAAGAAGGAAAGCGUUCCUCCAUAUGCGAUUGUGGGCAGUUGUCAGACGGACGGAAUGGGCUGUGUGAGUUGGUGGGAAUGA